UGUGUGUCAUUUAAACAGUCUGAGAUCAGUCAGAGACAGGGAGAGACAGUCUGAGACAGCAGGGACUGGGGAGAGACAGGUGAGGGACGGGGAGACAUCAGACAGGCAGGUAAAGGAGACAACAAGGAUAUCCUGAGACAGCAGGGAGAGGAGAGACAUCCUGGAUCAAAGUGAAGAGACAGACACCAGACAGGUACAGGGGACAGCAGGGAGAGGAGAGACAUCCUGGGACAUAGUGACGAGAGAGACAUUGGACGGAAAAAAAAAGAGAGAGAGACAUCCUGAAACGAAAUCAGAAGGCAGAGAGGAGAGGCAUCCAUAGAUACAUCAGGGAGGGGAGAGAGAGAAGAGACAGCCUGUGAGAUAAGGGAGGGGGAGAGAGGAGGGGACAAGAAGGAACAGAUCCACUGCAUCAAAGGGACCCAGUCUCACCUGCAUAUUAGACACCCUCCCCAUCCAAGAGACAUCCACCACUGGACUGAGACAUCCUUGAGAAGGCUUUAAAGAUGGAGGACAUUGUCAUAGCAGGGAUAGCAGGAAGACUGCCAGAGUCAGACAAUCUACAGGAAUUUUGGGAGAAUUUAAUCGGUGGGGUGGACAUGGUCACAGAAGAUGACAGGAGGUGGAGACCAGGUCUCUACGGUUUACCAUCAAGGAACGGAAAACUGAAAGACAUUAGCAAAUUUGAUGCCUCGUUUUUUGGUGUACAUCCCAAACAAGCGCACACGAUGGAUCCACAGUUACGUUUGCUUUUAGAGGUUUGCUACGAGGCCGUAGUAGAUGGAGGUAUCAACCCAUCUGAACUUAGAGGAACCAACACCGGAGUCUGGGUGGGUGUUAGUGGAUCAGAAGCAGGAGAAGCUUUCAGUCGAGAUCCAGAAGAGUUGCUUGGUUACAGCAUGACCGGGUGUCAACGUGCCAUGUUCGCCAAUCGUAUCUCUUACUUCUUCGACUUAAAAGGUCCUAGUCUGGCCAUCGACACUGCUUGUUCCUCCAGCUUGUUGGCUUUAGAGAAUGCUUACAGGGCCAUCCACCACGGUCAGUGCAAUGCAGCCAUCGUAGGAGGUGUCAAUGUGCUGCUGAAGCCCAAUACCUCUGUACAGUUCAUGAAACUUGGAAUGUUGAGUCCUGAUGGAACCUGCAAAUCAUUUGAUGCAUCCGGAAACGGGUACUGUCGCUCCGAAGCCGCUGUCGCAGUAUUAGUCACCAAGAAGUCUUUGGCAAAACGAGUUUACGCAACUAUUGUAAACGCGGGAAGCAAUACUGAUGGAUAUAAAGAGCAAGGUGUGACGUUCCCAUCUGGAGAGAUCCAACAGCAACUGCUGACCUCUCUUUACAGAGACGCGGGGAUCCCGACCAGUGAGGUUGAAUAUGUGGAAGCCCAUGGCACAGGCACAAAGGUUGGGGAUCCUCAGGAAGUCAACGGCAUUGUCGGUGUAUUUUGCACAUCAGAUCGGGAACCUCUGUUAAUCGGAUCCACCAAGUCUAAUAUGGGACACCCAGAGCCGGCCUCUGGUCUUGCUGCUUUGGCCAAGGUAAUUCUUUCCCUGGAGCAUGGAGUCUGGGCUCCAAACAUUCACUACAAAAACCCAAACCCUGACAUCCCUGCCCUGCAGGAUGGACGUAUCAAAGUUGUGUCUGAACCCACCCCAGUUAAAGGCGGAAUUGUUGGUAUCAACUCUUUUGGUUUUGGUGGAUCAAACGUGCAUGUCAUUCUCAAACACAAUGAGAAGAAGUCCUCCGAUCAGGUAACCCUUGCACUCCCUCGACUGGUCCAAAUCUGUGGAAGGACACAAGAAUCAGUGGAGAGCCUGUUACAGCAAAGUAGAGACCUGGCUACUGACAAUUUCAUACACUUAUUGAAUGAUAUAUCUGGGGUUUCACCGCCAGCCAUGCCAUAUCGAGGUUACACAAUUGUGGGAACAGACAGUGACAUUAAGGAGGUCCAACAGGCGCAGUCCUCUGGAAGACCCCUCUGGUACAUCUGCUCAGGAAUGGGAACACAGUGGAAGGGAAUGGGCCAUAGCCUUAUGAACCUUCCCGCAUUUCGAGAAUCUAUCCUGCGCUCUGAUGAGGCACUUAAGGGAACAGGGUUAAAAGUGUCUGAGCUUCUCCUGAAUGCAGAUGACAGCACCUUUGAAGACACAGUCCAUGCUUUUGUGGGUCUUGCUGCUAUCCAGAUUGCCCAGAUUGAUUUGCUUAAAUCAAUGAAACUAGAACCAGAUGGAAUAGUUGGCCACUCAGUUGGAGAAUUAGCUUGUGGAUACGCCGAUAACUCCCUCAGCCAUAACGAGGCCAUUCUCGCUGCUUAUUGGAGAGGUCGAUGCAUCAAGGAGGCCAAACUUCCUGCUGGAGGAAUGGCUGCUGUCGGUUUGACUUGGGAGGAAUGUAAAAUUCAGUGCCCACAGGGAGUGGUGCCAGCCUGCCAUAAUUCCGAGGACACUGUCACCAUAUCGGGUCCCCAGGAUUCUGUACGGGAAUUUGUUGCAAAACUGAAGAAGGAUGGGGUGUUUGCCAAAGAGGUUCAGAGUGCAGGGGUGGCCUUUCACUCAUAUUACAUGGAAUCUAUUGCUCCAGCAUUGCUAAACGCAUUGAAAAAAGUCAUCUCUACCCCGAAGAAACGCUCGUUCCGUUGGAUCAGCACAUCCAUCCCAGAGUCCCAAUGGCAGAGUGAUCUUGCACAGUUCUCGUCUGCGGAGUAUCAUGUUAAUAACUUAGUGAGCCCUGUGCUAUUUCAAGAAGGCCUGCAGAGCAUCCCUUCAAAUGCCGUAGUUGUGGAAAUCGCCCCCCACGCCCUUCUUCAGGCCAUUUUAAGGAGAAGUUUAAAUUCAACCAACACAAUUCUUCCUCUAAUGAAAAAAGGUCACAGCAACAAUCUUGAGUUCUUCCUGACAAACAUCGGGAAAAUAUACCUCAGCGGAAUUAACGUCCAGUGUAAUAAUAUUUUCCCCAAUGUGGAGUUUCCGGUUCCCGCUGGCACACCGCUCAUUUCUCCUCUCAUUCAGUGGGAUCACAGCCAGACGUGGGAUGUACCAAAACCAGAAGAUUUCUCUGCCGGCUCAGGGGGAUCUACAUCAGCCACAGUCUACAACAUUGAUAUGAACCCUGAAUCUCCUGAUGCCUACAUAAAUGGUCACUGCAUCGAUGGUCGCGUCUUGUACCCUGCCACUGGAUACCUGGUUUUGGCAUGGAAAACAUUCACAAGGUCUUUGGGUGUCGUUAUGGAGCAAACCCCUGUUAUCUUUGAAGAUGUUACAAUCCACCGGGCUACAAUUCUUCCUAAAACAGGUUCUGUCCAAUUGGAAGUCCGUCUCAUGCCCGCAUCUAAACGGUUUGAGGUUUCAGAAAGUGGGAACCUGUCCGUCAGUGGCAAGAUAUCCAUUCUGGAAGAAAACACCUUGAAUGAUUUCCGAAAUCAGCUCAUCGAUUCACUCGACAAAAAACAAGAUAAUGAGCAGGCCUUCAGCUUAACCGACAAAGAUGUUUACAAAGAACUAAGACUCAGAGGUUAUGAUUAUGGUCCCAGUUUCCAAGGGAUCAUUGAGUCCAGCAGUUCAGGAGACAAUGGAAAGCUGCUGUGGACUGGGAACUGGAUAACUUUCCUGGACACAAUGUUGCAAAUGAUGGUGCUGGGAUUUAAUGGACGCAGCCUCCGUCUACCUACAAGAAUUUCUUCUGUUUGUAUCGACCCCAAGACACAUGAGGAACAUGUACAUGUACAUCAAGAAGACACAAAAGCGGUCCAAGUGACAAUUAACAGAUGCUUGGAGCGGAUUGUUUCUGGAGGCGUUUUGAUAUCAGGGCUGCAUGCCACCACUGCCCCGCGUCGCCAGCAGCAGCAAACGCCGCCAACUCUAGAAAAAUAUACCUUCACCCCUUACAUCGAAGAUGGCUGUCUACAAGGAGAUAUUCAUCUGUGUUCCCUGCUUGCACAAUGCACAGAUAAAAUCAAAGAGCUGGCCCAUAAAGUAGCCCAACAUGGGCUGAAACUUGAAAUCCCUGGAGUUCAGUCUCAAGGUAAAAGGCAGCAUAAAGCUCUCAACGGCAGUUCCUCAGGCAAGGGUCUUCUACAUGUCCUCACCGAGAUCUGUAACUUGGAACUAAAUGGCAACCUCCAUUCCGAACUGGAGGCUACUCUGACUAAAGAGAACGAGCAGCUCCGAGAUGAUCUCCUUCUGAAUGGUCUCCUUACUUCCUCUUACCUCAAAACAUGCCUGGAUACAGUUCUGGAGAACAGCAAUCCACGCAAAAUGAAGAUUGUUGAGGCAUUGGCUGGAAAUGGUCAUUUGUCUUCUUAUGUAUUCAAUUUGCUAAAUACUCAACCAAUGCUUCAACUGGACUACAUUGCAACGGAUCCAGCCGCUGAGACCCUCUCUGAUGUCGAGGAGAAGCUUAAAGAGUUUGGAGGUUCUGUUGAGCCGUGGGACCCACUGGGACCUGCACCCAAUAGUCUAGCCAAUGCAGACUUGGUGGUCUGUAACUGCUCUGCCCACCUUAUGAAAAACCCCAAACAAGUCCUCUCGAACAUGACGACUGCCGUAAAAGAAGAAGGAUUUAUUUUGGUACACACAUUCCUCAAGGGAGACACACUUGGAGAAGCCAUUGCUUUUCUAAGAACGCAAAACCUGGAGCAGAAAGAUGGCCUGCUCUCUCAGGCAGAGUGGGAGGAGUUGUUUGAAAGCUGUUCUCUGAACGUGGUCGCGAUAAAGAGAUCCUUCUACAACUCUGUCAUUUUCCUAUGCCGCCAACGUGCUGAGAAGAAGACCCCGGUGUCUCUAUCGGUUGAAGAUAUGGAAUGCCCUUGGGUAGAAUCCUUGAAGGAUGUUAUGGCAGAUCCAUUGGAACAACCGAUAUGGCUCACAUCCAUGAACCAAACUUACUCUGGAAUUUUAGGGAUGGUUAAUUGUCUGCGUCAGGAGCCUGGAGGACACAGGAUCAGAUGCAUCUUUUAUGCGGAUGGGGAUAUAAACGUGCAAUCUAGUGGUGUUCCACAAAAGGAAUUGCCGCAGCUUGAGCGCAAUGACCUGGUGAUGAAUAUAUAUCAAGACGGCAAGUGGGGAGCAUACCGCCAUGUUCCAUUACAAAAUGAACAAGCUCAUGACGAAACAGCUUUUGCUUUUGUGAAUGUCCUGACACGUGGGGACCUCUCAACUCUCCGUUGGAUUGCUUCUCCUCUGCGUCAUUUCCAGUCAACAAAUCCUAACGUGAAACUCUGCAAAGUCUAUUUCGCCUCCCUCAACUUCAGAGACAUCAUGCUGGCAACUGGGAAACUGCCCCCUGAUGCUAUUCCUGGUGACGCGGCGUUGCAGCAGUGCAUGCUGGGAAUGGAGUUUUCAGGUCGUGACUCCGAUGGAAGAAGGGUUAUGGGAUUACUCCCAGCUAAAGGCCUCGCUACAAUGGUAGACGCUGAUCAGCGCUUCCUGUGGGAUGUCCCUGAAAGCUGGUCUCUGGCAGAUGCAGCCUCUGUCCCCGUGGUCUACGCUACGGCUUACUAUGCCAUGAUUGUUAGAGGACGUUUAAGAAAAGGAGAGAGCGUUCUCAUUCACUCGGGUUCAGGAGGUGUUGGCCAAGCGGCUAUUGCAAUAGCUCUAAGCAUGGGAUGCCGAGUGUUCACCACUGUAGGUUCUUCCCAAAAGCAAGAAUACCUUCAAAGUAGGUUCCCACAGCUAGAUAACAGCUGUUUUGCAAAUUCCAGAAACACAUCUUUUAAACAACACAUUCUAAAUAUUACCCAAGGCAGAGGGGUCGAUUUAAUUUUGAACUCGUUAGCUGAAGAGAAGCUGCAGGCCAGUCUUCAUUGCCUUGCCCGCCACGGUCGAUUCUUGGAGAUCGGAAAAUAUGAUCUGUCCAACAACACUCCUCUGGGGAUGGCUUUGUUCCUGAAGAAUGUGGCCUUUCAUGGAAUUCUGCUGGAUGCCCUCUUUGAAGAAGGGAAUAAAGAGUGGGAAGAGGUGUCUGAUCUCCUAAAUGCUGGAAUAAGAGAGGGUGUGGUAAAACCAUUAAAAAGUACGAUUUUCAGCCGAGAUGAAGUAGAACCAGCAUUUAGAUUCAUGGCUCAAGGAAAACACAUUGGGAAAGUGCUUAUUAAGGUCCGAGAUGAAGAAGUGGAAUCUCUAGGUGAUACAGAUGUCCUUCUUCCAGCCAUGCCUAGGACAUCAUUCCCUCCAGCAAAGUCUUAUAUCAUUACAGGAGGCCUUGGGGGCUUUGGCCUGGAGUUGGCACAAUGGCUGAUUGAGAGAGGUGCUCAAAAGCUCGUCCUGACAUCCCGCUCCGGGAUACGAAAUGGUUACCAAGCAAAACAAAUCCAAAGCUGGAAAGAAAUGGGCAUUAAGGUUUUGGUAUCCACUAAGGAUGUUGGAUCUAUUAAGGGGACUCAGCAGCUCAUAGAAGAAGCAUCCCAGCUUGGACCAGUGGGUGGAAUAUUCAAUCUGGCCAUGGUUCUGAAAGAUGCCAUGAUUGAAAACUUGUCUCCAAAUCUCUUUCAAGAAGUAAACAAGCCAAAGUACAAUGGCACACUAAAUCUGGACAGAAUUAGCCGUGAGAAGUGCACAGAGCUGGAUCACUUUGUGGCAUUCUCUUCGGUGAGUUGUGGAAGAGGAAAUGCUGGGCAGAGUAACUACGGUUUUGCCAACUCAACCAUGGAGCGGAUUUGUGAAAAGCGGCGCCAAGAUGGUCUGCCAGGUUUGGCUGUGCAGUGGGGUGCCAUUGGUGACGUGGGAGUUGUUCUGGAGACCAUGGGUAGUAAUGACACAGUGAUUGGUGGAACAUUACCACAGAGAAUCAGCUCUUGUCUGGAAGUGCUGGACCAAUUCCUGAAUCAAUCACACCCAGUCAUGUCCAGCUUCGUUCUGGCCGAGAAAACCAUAUUCACAAAAACCAAAGGUGGCAGCCAGCAGGAUCUGGUGCAAGCUGUGGCUCACAUUUUGGGGGUCCGAGAUGUGAGUAGUUUAAAUCCAGAGACAUCACUGGCAGACUUGGGACUGGAUUCUCUGAUGGGCGUUGAGGUUCGACAGACGUUAGAAAGGGAUUAUGAUAUAGUGAUGGCAAUGAGGGACGUUCGACAACUUACAAUCAACAAGCUGCGAGAACUCUCCUGCAAACCUCCAACGACCGAAGAGUCGAAGCCUUCCCAGAAGAUAUCUGCUCUGCCAGAACUCAAUAUCUUGGAUCUCAAUAACCUCUUGGUGAAUCCUCACGCAUCCACUGUUACUAAACUUAAUGACGUGCAGAGCAGCGAGCGCCCUCUAUUUUUAGUUCACCCUAUAGAGGGAUCCACGGCCGCCUUUCACAGCUUGGCUUCCAGGCUCAGCAUACCCUGCUAUGGUCUGCAAUGUACUAAGGCUGCCCCUCUGGAUAGUAUUCAUAGCCUGGCAUCUUACUACACGCAGUGCAUAAAGCAGGUGCAGCCUGAAGGACCCUACCUCAUCGCUGGCUACUCUUUUGGGGCAUGCGUGGCGUUCGAAAUGUGCUCCCAGCUGCAGGCUCAGCGGGGUUGCUCUCAGCCGCCAGACAGCAUGUACCUCUUUGAUGGGUCCCACUCAUACGUGGCAGCAUAUACUCAGAGUUACCGUGCCAAAUUAACGCCAGGCAGUGACGCCGAAGCUGAAACUGAAGCGCUGUGCGCUUUUAUCCAGCAAUUUACUGGCAUGGAGUACAAUAAGCUUUUGGAAGCUCUUCUACCCCAGAAGGACUUGGAGGCCAGGGUCAAUGCUGCCGUGGAACUAAUAAGAAACACCCACAAGAACAUCGAUCCAGAGGCUCUCCAUUUUGCAGCCUCUUCGUUCUACUACAAACUUAAAGCAGCAGACAUGUAUGUCCCUGUUGACAAGUACCACGGAAACAUUACGCUAUUGAGGGCUAAAACACGGAACGAAUAUGGCAAGGGGCUCGGAGCAGACUACAAGCUAUCAGAGGUGUGUGAUGGGAAAGUCUCUGUUCAUGUAAUAGAAGGGGAUCACCGCACCUUUUUAGAAGGAACCGGUGUUGAUACAAUCACCGGCAUCAUUCACAGCUCAUUAGCCGAACCUCGCACCAGUGUCAGGGAGGGCUAAAUAAACUCUAUGGACUCAGUAUUAGGGUAGGCAGUGAGGCCGUCGUCUCCAUUUCAAGUACAACGAGUCUUCACGGCACACUGGAUAAGAAUUGAGUAAAACAUUCCCACAGACAGGCUGGUAGGCAUGUAUCCCAUGGCAUCACCCAAUAUCGUGUGGGUAUCUCCAGAAACCAACCUGCCUGGAGCCACCAGUCUCAUUCUGCACCUACAUCCCCUUCCCUGCUCUAUGUUGUACCGAACACCGCACAAGAUCCCAUGCCUUCUACUAAGUAGAUUUCAUUUUGUAGCAUGUUGGUAAAUAUCAGUAUUCCAAAGGCGAGACUUUAGCACUUAGUAAACAUGCACCCUUGUAUAGUGAUAACAUGAGGCCUGUCUUCCGAGGCGUUGUAUAAAGCCUUUGACGAAUUCGGAUUCUGAUGACGCAGGUCCCUGUGUACAGGAAUCGGUGUCAAACAAACUAUCACGGGUGUGGAUUUUUUGUAAUAUCUUUUUUUUUUUUUAUUAUCUGAAUGUUAAGUAUUUAUUGUAGUUUUCAUUUAUAGAUUGAAAACAAUAUUUCAUUGGUUCACUCUCUUAAUCAGAAUGUACAUUGUCCUACAUUACCCAGAUGCCGAUGGAUCUGUUCCCCAUUGGUGAAACAAUGUAAUUAUUUAAUUAUUGGUAACAUAACAGUCCCUACUUACCCCCACCAAUAUAUGGCAGAUAAUUCUGGGGAAUGUAGUCCUAAAACAUUUGGAAAGAAUAGUUGGCUUGCCCCUGUGUGGGGUAGAUCUCCCAAUCUCGUUACCAAUUUAGAAGGAAUGUUGAAAAAGAAAAUGACUGCUCCUAUAAGGUUUGACACAAAGAAAAUGAUCGUUGCUGGUUAUUAUGGUAUUUUUAGUUGGUAUAAAAAUAUAAAACCAUAAUAUAUAUAAAUCAUCUGGCAGAAUACAAGCUGUAUAUCAUCAAUUCUUAGCAUUUGAGAAAGUAAAAAAUUUUUUUUUAAAUGGAGACAUAAUAAAAAAAAUUAAAUAUAGAAGAAAGUGUGAAGAAAUGUAGUAAUGGUCGUAGAUACCUGGCACGGCAUUUCAGCAGAAGUAGUAAUGUCUCUCAGGGAUAUAGAAGGGGUAGUAGAUACCUGGAAUGGGCUUUAAGUUGACGAUUUAAAGGCUAAUGGUGAUAUAGAAAGGGAAGUAGAUACACGGAGUAACCUUCCAGUGGAUGUAGUAAAGACAAACACAAAAAAAUGGAAACGACAAUGUCUUGUCAGUGUUUUUUCCCUUAAUUAAUAUUUCUAAUCAGUAAUUGGAAAAACAUUUCAUAGCAAUAAUUUAUCGGUGGGAUUUUCACUUAAGAGGCUAAAUUACAUGAUUAAAAAAUUGAAAUUAAAAGUAUAAUAAAGGGUGGCCUUGGGGGGGAGUAAGGGGACACUAAAAUCAAGGAACAUAGUAUCGUUUCCAAAGAUAGGCUGAUUAGAUUGAUAAACAUUAUCUUAUUCCUUUAAAUUAGGAUCAUAAAAACAUUGAAAUUAAAAUCCAACCCUACUGGUCGCAUGUGGUACUGCAGAAAUGGAGCAUUUGCCUGUGACAGGUAAGGGCAUUGUGCGUCUUCUGAUUAACUGAGUGAUCGAUGUGCUUGCAUUCCCUGCAAGUGCAUUAACACUGGAGGUUUCCUUGAUGGAAGCAUAUGCUUUCUGCUGCACUUAUGACACAGAGAGGCCGGGUAGAGUCUGCAGGUCUAUGGCAGUCCUUGUCUAGAUCAUUACCUGUGCUCUUAACAUUUUAAAGAAGGGUACCUGCCACUACUUUCUCUCUGUUGACAGCAGCAGACUAGGUUUCACGUAGCACUAGAUUUUAGUAAAAUAAAUAAUGUUGAAGUUAUUUUUCGUGCAUUCUUUCCCUGCUCUUCGUAAAUAUUGCUGCUUUCCCAGAUAGCAUAGUGAACGUUGCACUCUCGUAUAAUAAAAAUUAAAUAAAAACAAUUUUAAACUG